GCGGAGGCGACUCUGCAGUGGAGAGUCCACGGGAACUAACUCUUGUGCAAAGGGCAGAAGAAGAAAACCGAAUUUCCGGAAUGUAAUGUUUACAACAGGCAGUAUAUGUUAUGUCUCCUGAGCUGAUAUUUUCCAAGCAAAAAAUGUGAACAGACUGUCUGUUGCCAAGAUCUGGGAGGUAAUUAUGUAUUGCAGGGCUAUUGGAGAUCCAUCAGCUAUUGAAAACCUAGUAAACCAUGAAGAAGAAAAGUAGAUGCCUAAAGUCAUCCAAAGUGUCACAACAGAGCAGGAGAGUACGUGAAGGGAAAAUACUUUGUUUAAGUAGAAGGCAAACUCAGAGAAGCAUCCAUGUGACUCCAACAACAUCUGACCAACUUCAUGGAGAUGACACAACAGAUUCUACCUACACUUUGACUGACAAGGAGAAGCAUUCAGAUGUCAAGUCAAACCCCCCCAGAGUCCCCACUGCUGUCUGCAGAUUGUGCCAUGGAAAGUUUUCUCCACAGAGUCUGCUGCAUGCCUUCAACAAAUGGCCUCAGGAUUUUCCCAAUAUUGUUAAUGACGAAGCGUAUGCUGUUGGCCAGUCACCCUCUUUAUUUCAUCUCGACUUCCAGCAACUGGUUGGAGUGCAGUUGGACCCUGACCCUCGAUUAUCGGAAUUUGUUUGCAAGAAAUGUCAUCACAAGUUCUAUAAGUGCCACAAUAUUUUGUUCAGGUUUUUGCAGAUGGUUAAUCUCUUGCCUGCUGGCGGAGACAAUUCUAAAAUCAGGCCUAAUCCAAUGUUUGCAGACUUUUUAAACAAUGGGUCAACAAGUUCAUCAUUCUUUUCUUCAAACGCCGCGUGGCUUCACAACCUUGUGUCAUGGGCUCAUCAUCAUGGAGAGGCUUGCAAAUGUUGCCCUGACCUGAAGGGGGUGCUUGAGGGCCAGUGCUGGGGCUCGGUCAAAACAGUGUGGUGUUGUGCUGAUGGGCACAGCUACUCUAUGGACACACAGACCACCUCAGCCAGGUUUGGUUAUGUGCUCAAUUCAGAGCGUGGAAACGGUGUAAGAAAUAUUGCAGGGGGGGUGGACUGUGACGAAAGGAGCACAGCAGUUGGAGUAAUCUGUCAGGCUCAGCAAAGUCCACCAGCAGUCUCUCCACUGAUUCAAAGUUCUGCACUUGCUGACUGGACUUGCAGCACUCAAGUUUCUCCUGUUGAGGAGCAGCAAAAGGACAAGCACGCUGAUAGUGAUCUGUCUGACAGAUCAACUGGGCCCAACAAGCGACAACAAAUUCCAAAUACCUCUGAGGAUCGUAAAGUAAAAAAGAAACCUGGACCUAAACCUGGCUGGAAGAACAAGUUCAAACCCAAAGGAGAGGCAGAAGAGGACCAUGACAUCAAAACUAUAAAGGGGACCUUGACUGCAGCUGUUAGGAGGCAAUUUAUUGAUGCACAGAGAAAUUCCCUGUACAGCAUCUCAAAUUUGCUUGAACCGAGGGAGGAGCUGCCCAACAUCUACAGGUGUCUGUAUCAGGGCUGCACUGCUGUCUAUAGAGCUCCAGAUGGUUUAAAGAAGCAUAUCAAAGAGCAUCAUGAAGAAGUAAGGGAGCGACCCUGUCCCCACCCUGGAUGCAACAAGGUCUUCACCAUUGACCGUUACUUGCAACGACAUGUAAAACUCAUCCACACAGAUGAGAGGAACUACAUCUGCGACCAGUGCGGACAAACCUUUAAACAGAGGAAACAUCUCUCAGUUCACCAAAUGAGACAUUCAGGUGUAAAACCUCUGCAAUGUGAAGUUUGUGGCUUCCAGUGUCGUCAGCGGGCGUCAUUGAAAUAUCACAUGACUAAACACAAGGCAGAGGCUGACUUGGAAUUUGCCUGUUUAAUAUGCAGCAAGCGUUUUGAGAAAGCCCAUAAUCUCAACGUUCACAUGUCCAUGGUCCACCCGCUGACUCAAACCGAGGUGCAGAAGAAAGGCAACCAGCAGAAGCCACACUCUGCAUUUUGCAGCCUGUAAAACAACACAAUGAACAGGGAGACAAUGCCACAAGAACAAGACAGAUGAUGUCAUGAAGACUCACAGCUUGUGGUGGACUAUGGAGGUUUUUGCUUUGACUGAUGGUGCUGCACAAAACCUUAUGUAUAUUUGCCUUUACCGUAAUUUUCCAACUACUUGUUUUUACUUUUUAAGCUUAUCAGAUAGGAAGCAAGCUAUUCAUAGACGUAGUUGUGUUGACUGACAUCAGAUUUAUCUGUAUGAUCUGUAAUAAAAUAUGUGCAAGUAAAAUGCAGAUUUCCUCCUGUUAUAGUGCUUUAAUUAGACAAGUCACAUCGUAUUUCUUUAUUUUGUAAUGUUUCUGAGAACAUGAAAGAAAAACAUCUGAUGUCUUGCAGUUUGGUGAGGUUUCGUUGGGCCAAAGUUGCCUUCAAAGGAAAGGCAGCUCUGGAAUGUCGCUGUGCAGGUCCAAGUGUGUAGACAAAGCUGCUGCCACCUCUGGGUCAACGUCCUUACACAAAGACUUCAGCUGCACCAGUAAACACAACAGUAGAGACAUUAGAACCAGAAGAGGAUGAAGAAAGCUUAUGGUGUGUGUUAGGGUUU